AUGUUCAAGGGAAAGAGGCUGGAGGAUCUUCCAAGAUCUUACGUGCAGUGGAUGGCUGGCACAGUCUCAGACAAGCCCGAUGUCGUCCGUGCGGUCAACUGUUUCCUCGGACACCUGAGGGAGGGAGAAAAUGGAAGAGGGAAGAAUGCCUCUGAGCGCAGAACAUCCUUCAUCACAAGUUUCGUGCAGACCGAUGUUCCUAGCGAAGUGAAAGUUCCUGUGACCCGCCCGGUGCCACCAGAAGAAAAGAUCGCGCAUGGAGGAACCCAGGAGAAGAGAAAUCAGGACGAGGAGAGACGUGGGAAAGAGCAGACGGACCAGAAAAGUUGCAAUCGGUCUGCAGCUAUCACCCUGUCCCUCAGUGACUGGUCGCAACGGUGGGGGCUGGGCGACGAGGUAUCUUCGGUGUUCCUCAAGAGAGGGAUCUCUAGUCUGUUCGAGUGGCAGGUCGACUGUAUCAACAGCAGCGGGAUCCUCCAGGGCGGGAACCUCGUCCUGUCUGCGCCAACGAGUGCAGGCAAAACUCUCGUCUCCGACAUUCUCAUCCUCCGGAACCUUGUGCGGGCAAUGCAACGAGAGACAGGGAGGGCCAAGGCUCUCCUAGUGCUUCCGUACGUCAGUCUCGCUCAGGAGAAGACACUCUCUCUCAAGCACACGGCCUCUCCUCUCAACAUCAAGGUCACGGGUUUCUACGCAGGGAAGGGAGGGCCGUUUGCUGGGACAGAAGCAGAGAUCGCAGUGUGUACGAUCGAGAAGGCCAACAGUCUGGUCAACCGUUUGAUCGAAGAGAGCAGACAGGCGAGUCUUCAAUGGAGCUUCAGAGCACCUGACGUCAAGGUCCUCUGCAUGUCUGCUACAAUCAGCAACCCGGAGGACCUGGCGAGUUGGUUGAACGCCUCCGUGUACAAGACUGAAUUCCGUCCGAUCGAACUGGCCGAGUACAUCUUUGUCAACGGAAACGUUCUGCCCGCAAAGCUGCUGAGAGACGACAAGUGCAACAGCAUCCCUUUCUCGCUGGCUCAGAGGCGGGUCGGCCCGACCUUCGGGCUCAAGGAUCCUGACCUGGUCGGCGCCCUGGCAUACGAGGCGAUAAGAACCAGCCAGUCAACCCUGAUCUUCUGCUCGUCCAAGAGCGCGACUGAGAGCUGUGCCAAGUUUCUUGCCGGUCUCUUCGCGCCCAAGGAGGACAAGCGGAACCCAGUGCGGGUCAGCGAUGAGCUGGUGGAGAAGCGGGCGGCGAUACUGGAGGAACUUGCUCGCUGUGAAGGAGGGCUGGACCCGUCAUUGAAGGCCACCAUCCCACAUGGAGCAGCGUUUCACCAUGCUGGGCUUACGUUGGAGGAGAGGACGAUCCUGGAGAACGGGUUUCGAGCAGGGACUAUCCCCGUGCUCGCCGCCACCUCGACGCUAGCUGCUGGGGUCAACCUGCCAGCGUCACGAGUGAUCCUGCGAUCUCCCAACGUGGGGAUGGAGACGUUGGACCCGAUGCGGUACAAGCAGAUGAGCGGGAGAGCCGGUCGCACGGGGCUGGAGACGAUGGGGGAGAGCUAUCUUAUGAUCAAGUCCAGCCAGUGGGCGUUGGCUAAGUCGGUCAUGCUCGCGCCCAUGCCGCAGUUGACAAGCUGCUUGCUUUCAUCUGGGCAUGGGAUACUGAGAAGAAUGAUCCUCGAGGCUGUUGUGCAUGGGCUUGCGCUCUCACUCGACAGCUUGAAGAACUUCAUGAAGAAGACGCUUCUUUUCGUUCAGGAUAAAGACAUCUUCAAGCAUCUCCGUGGGUCGCUCGAAUGGCUCGAAAGAAAAGAUUUUCUGAGGAUAAAGAGACCGGAAGUCUUCAGUGACAGUGAAGAAAAGUGCGAGUCCGUCUUUGUUGAAGCCACCGCACUCGGCCAGGCAACUGUUUCUAGCGGGCUGGCUCCUGAGCAGGGACUGCAAGUUUAUGCAGACCUGAGCAUCGCGCGACAAGGGCUGGUGCUGUCAGACGAAGCCCACCUUCUCUUCUUGCUCACUCCAGUCUAUCACGGCAUCCAGCCCUCCUACAAGAGGUACGUGGACAUGAUCAAAGGUCUGCCUGCAGAGCUGCGAGCUAUCGCGCAGGCAGUGGGAGUCGACGAGGAUCUCCUGGCAUGGUCGGCAAGGCAGGAGGCGUCAGGAGUGCUAUGGCAGCAGGGAACAGUCCCUCCUAAGUACAAGGACAAGAAUAAUCAAACUUCCAACAGCAGCCAUCUUCUCCUGCGAAGAGUGGAGAUCCUGGAGAGAUUCUGGGUGACUCUGAUGUUGAGAGAUCUUAUUCUAGAAGCACCCAUCCAGGAUGUUUGCUCGAGGUACAAGAUGUCUCGUGGAACUGUGCAGACCCUCCAAGGACUGGCGUCUACAUUCUCUGGUCAGGUGUCUAUCUUUUGCUCGAAGCUUCACUGGUGGCAACUUCAAGUUCUCUGCUCGUCGUUCCAAGAGAGGCUGGAAGUAGGAGGGCAACCCGACAUCAUCUCUCUAGCUCGGAUCCCUCACGUCAAGAACGUGCGAGCGCGAGCUCUCUUCAACGCGGGGAUCACGAGCGUUGAGGCUUUAGCGGCAGCUGAGGAAGAGCACAUCGUAGAAGCAUUGAGGUGCGUCAUGCCUUUCCGCCUGCACGGUCAGACUCCGGAGAAAGUUAUCAAGAUUGAAAGGGGCAUCGCCAAGAAGGUCAUACAGGGAGCAAAAGAAUACUUGCUCGAGCAUCAACAAACUUAUCUGUGA